UGUCAAGCUCCGAGUCAUCAUACCGCGAGUGUUCUCACGUUGUCCACCCUUAUCAUCUGCUUCUAUCCUGUUCUUGACCUGUUGAUUGAUGCCUAGUGGUAAGCUUGUUGCGAGAUCAUCCACAGAAACACACCAUGUCAGAUCCCGGCUACAGUCACCACUUCUCAGAACGCAAUAUCCCUUUCGGGAUUGGUUCUUCUGCCAAAUUCACCACACCACAGGCCGUCACCCGACUGGAGAACACUGUCAUCUCGCUCGGUGCACUGCAAAGACAUGGCUUCUUCAAGGCCAUUGCCACAGGCGAGCUGCCCGAAAGCGCUCUAACGAACCCUACCCUGAACGAGUUCGCAGCCCUGCCCAAGAGCACACACCGAGCGGUGCAGUCUGCCAUCCGUGAGGCAUACUUGCAGCAAGGCUUCGGUGCAUUUCCAGAGGAGGCCAAGGAGAGCCUGAGCUCCAUCAAGCUGCACCUGCCAGUCCAGGUUGGCGACUUCACAGACUUCUCUUGCAGUAUCGAGCACGUCAAGAACGCCGGCCGCAUCAUGGCCAACAAUGCCAACCCGCCGCCGGUCUUCUUCCAGCUUCCCCUCGGCUACCAAGGCCGGUGCGGUUCAAUCCUCGUGUCCGGCACCGAGAUUGAACGGCCCAUUGGCCAGUUCCGCUCUCGUCCUGCCCCUGGGUCCAGCGAUCCACCGCCGAUUCUGUGCGGCCCUUCCAGAGCGGUCGACUACGAGGUUGAGCUUGCAGCGAUCGUGGGCAAGCCGGUUCCCAUGCGGCAUAGGAUGAAUGCCAAGGAUGCAGAGGAGCAUAUCUUCGGAUAUGCCCUGUUAAAUGACUGGAGUGCUCGUGAUAUUCAAGGCUUCGAGAUGGUGCCCCUCGGUCCGUUAAACGGCAAGUCGUUCGGCACCACCAUCUCGCCCUGGAUCGUCACCCUCGACGCCCUGCAGCCUUACAAGACACCUGUGCCGCAGCCGUCCCACGCCCCCAACGGCAUCCCCACGUAUUUGCAAGACCCAGACAACUCGUCCCAUGACAUCACGAUCCAGGUCGAAGUUAUUGCGGACAAGAAAGCCACCGUCACCGGCACGACAACAGUGCAGACGCUGUACUGGACUCCGAAGCAAAUGCUCGCGCACUUGGCCAGUGGUGGCAGUGCGUUGCGGACAGGCGACAUCGCCGCGACAGGCACAGUCAGUGGUGUGACGAGGGAGACACUCGGCUGUUUCUUGGAAGCGACAAAAGGGGGUGCAGAUCCGCUCAAGUUGGCUGAUGGCAGUGAGCGAGGGUACUUGCAAGAUGGAGACUCGGUCAGAUUGACGGGCUGGGCGGGUGGAAAGGACAGCGGUGUUGGCUUCGGCGAGUGCAUUGGCGAGCUGGUUGCUGCGAGGGAAUUCUAAAUUGUGCGGAACUGAGAGUACAGGACAAGAAUAUGGACACGAUGCAUAUAUGAGGACAAUACACCGCCAAUUGAGA